GUAUUGCAUUGGUGCUCCGCCAUGAAUUCUCGCACCAUUAGCCUUCCAGACCUCGCUGCAGAGAAGAAGCGGAACACCGCAGCAUCGCUUUCUGAAGGUUUCGCCGGCGCACCACACAAAGGUGCCAUUGGGGCCGGUGGGCCUUGGCCAGGUCGCCCCGGCGGCACGAAGAAGGUGAAUGAGGGCUCCAGAGAGGCAAACCCGAACUCUCUUGGCCGAGUGCUUCCGUUGUACUACCGGUGCCGCCAAUUAGCACUGACCACGGAAAAGCGUGGACGGCGGGUACCACAGAAGUUGAUGACUGACACCCGCGCGCUGGAAAAGGUCGUUGCCAAAGAGAUUCGCAACAUACAUCCUCUUCUAUUCCAGCGGCUGGAUGACAACCAGUUGGACAGGUUUCUAAGGGCGCUGCCGUUUCUGAGGCUGUCUCUGGGUCGCUGGCUGUUCGGCAGUGAGACCCUGAAAGCCCAGUGGCCGCCCACAGACGAGUUCAGAUCAUUUUUUUUGCUCACCGGC